CUUUUUCUGACAUAUUUUAUGUAUUUUUUAGCAUAUGUUCUUUAUGUCUUCUUCAGAAGGAAUAUCUUAUAUAAAUGAAAACUAUAUUGAUGAGAAAGCGUAUGUACAAUAUUAUAAGGAAUUACAUACAAAAAUAUCUAAAGAAUCCCCAUUUUAUAUCUCGAUGUCGAAGGGAAUUGAUAAAGAUGUAUCAGAUUAUGUUGAAAAAUACAGUGAUAAAUAUAAACCAGUACCUAAAAUGACACAAUCUUUAUUUUUUUUGAAAUUGGAGCCAUUAUUUUUUCCAGAAGAGCUUUUUGACGUAUUUUUGAAAGAAUAUAAGGAUGCAGUAUAUAAGGAAAAAGUAAAAGAACCUGUUGUUUUGCCAUUUCUUGAAGGAUUUCCGAAUAUUUUUGAAGAGGAAAUGAGAGAAUUACAUGAAUGUGAUUCAGAUAUAGUAGAAGAAUGUGAGAGUAGGAAGGAAGAUGGAAAUGAUCAAGAUGAAGAUUUUGAUGAUGAUGAUAAUAAUGAUUAUGAAGAUAAUUACUUUGAUCCAGGUGAUGAAGAUUAUGAAGAUGGUUCAUUUUCUAGAGAUAAUGUUGGCGAUUAUUUUUAAAAUAUUUUGAAUAAAUAGUAAUUAUUUUAUACGGGAUAUUGUAUUUUUUAUAAAGCAAAUUAUAAUAUAAAAG